AUAAACCGCAAUCUCACAACACCAACCACAUGCGACCUGACCAGACCACGCACACAGAUCAUAAUCCUCAUUGCUUAAAGCAACAUUUCAACCCUCAUGUUCAUCUAGCUCCAGCUGGCGAUGAACACUCUACCAUCACCCACCUCACUCGCCAGUAUGGCCGACCUUGACAUGGUUGAUCCCCGAUGCACGUACAAUGACCCGUAAGUCACUUCGCUGGUAGAGAGUGACAUGUCGCUGACCGUGCAUAGCUCGACACAACCGCUCGUCACGAUUGAAAUGGGUGGCUCUCGCUCCAAGCGGAUGAUGAUCCAGAGGAACGUGCUUGUGCCUCGUUCGAAGUUUUUCACCAACUUCCUGGGCGACUCGCUCUUCAUCAGCCUCCCAGAGCGCUUCGGAGAGUCAGUCGACGCUUUGGAAUGCUACCUGGAGUACAUGAACAGCGGCAAAAUCGCCUCCACCAUCCGAUCGACCAGGAAGACAUUCAACGCGCGCGGUGAGGAAGAGUACGCUCUUCUCUGCAAAACAUACCUCUUCGCCGACGUCGUGGAGGAGGAUGGAUGCAAGGAUGCAAUCAUGUCUGCGCUGCUCGCUGUGUACCAGGAGACAGAGGAAGAUGGCUGCCACCGCCGCCCGUCAGCCGAUCUGGUCAAGAUGAUGUACGCAUCGACAUCUCCUGGAUCUCCACUGCGAAAGUUCCUCGUCGAUGCCUUCAUCUGGCACAACGCAUCUGCCAUGACGCAUGCGCGCAACGGCCAGAUUCCCGACGAUCUCGUCGAAUUCUUCAGCGACGUUCUCAAUACUCUGCUACUCCAGAAUGCCGCUGCUCGCCACGACGCCGGCAUCCCCUCGGGCGUGCGCUGUUGCGACUAUCACGUCCACGAAGACCCCGCAAUGUGCACGACCAAGAAACGCAAGAGAGCGAUUGCCGAUGUCGGCAUGGCAGCGAUCCAAGAGACUGCGCACCAAGACGAUCAGCAGGCUCUGACGAUGACCACCAACACCAUCAUGCCGGCCCCCACCCCUGCAGCCACUCAACUCACGUCUUCGCAACCUCAGUCGUCGCCUGCUCCAUUGGCACGUCUCGACACUGCUCAGCCAGCAUCUUCUUCGACGCCAGCCCCCGAACAUCCCAAACCCACCCUGUUCUUCACGCGCCAUCACAGCCAGCCACUGUUCGGCCAAAUCUCGUCGCCAACCCAGACCGUCAAAGCCGUUGAUUCCACCGCCUCCCAGCCGCCGGCUGGCACAGGUUUUGGGCAGACCACUGACUCAAACGCAGGAACCGGCUUUGCGCGCUUCGAGAGCCCGGCGCAUCUCCCGCCAUCGUGGCAGAGAUAAACGCUUCAGGUGCAGAAGCCCACCUGCACUCGACGAGUCUGUAGGAGUGUGGUGAGUGCGCAAGAAGCUGGAUUUGAUGAAGUUUGUCGAUGACGAGGCAUGGAAGGAAAAGUACUUACGGUGGUGUAAGGAUUAGUAUGAAGCUCGUUGACAUGAGGCUCGUUGACAUGGAGCUCGGCGAUGGAAAGGCAUGGAGAGAAGGAUUGCAGCGCAUGUAGUGCAGCUAAGUAGCAAACACCGUCAUACAACUUCUCUCUCUAUUCAAUGUGGUAUAUAAUGCAGGUUCAAGAGAGUUGUGCAAGACAAGGUGCAGUCCAAAGCAGCUUGCUUACUCACCAGC